AUGCAGAAAAGUAUAUAAAGGAUGGAAAGUAUCAUCAUCGGUAUAUUAUCUCAGAUUGUUCAAGAGAGAUUGCAUCUAUUCUACUCUAUCAGUGAUUUCAUCCCAUCAUCAUUUUGACCCUUACAACUAAACAUGGCUUCCAAGAUAGUGUUGUUGAUCUUCACCGUUGUCAUGGUAACUGCCUUGGUAGCUGCAGAAACUUUCGAUGAUCUCACCGAUGAUGAUCUUAAUGAGAUGGAAGCUCUGAUUUUCAAAAGAGCUGAUUCAAAUGAAGCUGACAUCGGAAUGGAGUUUGAUGACGACGAAAUGGAGAAACGAGGCCGUGGAAAGGGACGGGGAAAAUUUUUCCGCUGCACACAUCCAUUAAAUGGAUUUUCAUGUGUCUGUGAUAGGCGAUAUCGCAAAAGUAAUCCCAAAUACUACCGGGUAUGCGGACAUCAGUGAGAAGCCGAAUAUCCGACACUGGAAUGGACCGGCGUGAAAAUCGGAUACGAGAAUCCAUGGACAGACAGCGAAAAUAAAUCAACUCCAUUUAUAUUGAAGGUGCAACCCAAAAGUGGAUGGAUUUUUACACUAUUCUGCAUGCCGUGAUACCGUGACUAUUGGUCGUAAAUAUUAAGUUGAUAUUGGAGGAAUCGAGGAUCGAGUUUUUAUAAGCCUUUUGGAAGAGUAAUUUGUGGAAAAUGCAGGCUACAUAGAUGAUCCUCUAGUCAUAUUGGAAUAUUGAUGUAUUCACAAACCUAUGAUCACAAAUUGUUAAUUUUCAAGGGAGUUUAGAUAAUAGUUCCGAAUGUGUUUUUAUUUGUUAAUAGUAUACAUAAUGUUCGAUCAGUGAAUCACAUUCAGUCAUGAAGCCGACUCUCGGUCGGUAUAGAGUUAGCAGUGAGAUACCUGUAUAUAGGCAAGCUCUUUUGGCUUUCUUUUUAGAUAGUAGUGCGCUCAGUGCGUGGUUAACACGCACGAACAAAAUAAAAAUAGCGAUCCAAUAAUCAAUUUGCGGCUUGUGUAUGAAAGUUUCAUUUUUUUUUCAUUUAUUGGUUUCUGCAACACUUUUUCAUGAAUAUAUUAACAAAGAAAAUACAAUAA